AUGAGUUCUUAUUCUUCUUCUUCAUCUUCUUCAUCUAGAAGAUACAUUUAUGAUGUUUUCCCAAGUUUCUGCGGCCAAGACGUCCGCAAAACCUUUCUCAGCCACUUUCUCGAAGGGCUGAAAGGAAGUGGAAUAAAUACGUUCAUAGACAAUUGGAUCGCGAGGAGCGAGUCUAUCAACUGUGAACUCGUAAGAGCUAUCAAGGAAUCAAGGAUUGCCGUCGUAAUCCUGUCUAGAAACUAUGCAUCUUCGAUCUGGUGUUUAAACGAGUUGCAGCUGAUCAUGAAGUGCAAGCUUUCUUUAGGACAGUCUGUAAUGACAAUCUUCUAUGAUGUUGAUCCAUCUGAUGUAAGAAAACAAACCGGGGCUUUUGGCAAAGCCUUUGAGGAAACUUGUAAGGGGAAGACAGAGAUACAAAAGCAAAGAUGGAGACUAGCUAUGACUCAAGUAGCGACUAUUGCCGGAGAACAUUCUGCAUCAUGGGCUAGUGAAGCUGAGAUGAUCUUGAAAAUCGUCGCGGAUGUUUCCAAUGAGUUGCCCUCAACAGAUUUUAAUCGGUUAGUUGGAAUUGAAGCUCACGUAGCCAAGAUUAAAUCCAUGAUAUCAUUAGAAUCCGACGAGGUGAAAAUUGUGGGAAUUUGGGGUCCUGCCGGUAUUGGCAAAACCACCAUAGCAAAAGCCUUGUAUAAUGAAGUUUCAAUCAUCUUCCAGCUUAAGUUUUAUAAGGAAAAUGCUGAGGGAAGGAAACAGAUCAUAAACACGCAUGAUGAGACUAGCUUGCAAAAUCAUUUGCAAAACGAAUUAUUCUCCGGGGUUUUAGAUCAUCGAAACAUGAAGAUACCUGAGUUAGGUGAGGCGGAAGAUAGGUUGAAGCACCAGAGAGUCCUUCUCAUUCUUGAUGAUGUCCCUGCUAAUGAGCUAAAAGCUUUGAGAGAUCUAAUCCAUGGUCUUAGAUUUGGAAGUAAGGUAAUUGUGAUCAGUGAAGAUAUACGUACAUUGAGAGGAUAUGGGGUCGACCAUAUCUACAGAGUGGCGUUUCCAUCGCCCGAGCAGGCUCUGCAGAUGUUUUCCUACUCGGCCUUUGGACAAAACUCUCCACCAAGAGGUUAUCUGGAUCAUGCAAAUGAAGUACUGAAGCUUAUUACUCCUUAUCCACUUGGUCUCAGAGUCUUAGGUUCUUUGUUGCGUGGGAAGAGCAGCUGGACAAUGACACUGCCUAGGCUGAGAACCUAUCUUAUCCAUAAGGAUAAUGUGGAGGAAGUACUUAAGGUUUCCUACGAUGAUCUAUCUGAUAAAGACAAAAUGUUACUUUACCGAUUUAAAAAUUAUGUACGUUUGGGUGAAAGCUUGAACAAGGUCAUAUUAUUUCUUGCGGAGAGUUACUGGGAUGUGGAGAAAGGAAUAGAAACCCUAGUUGAUAGGGGUCUCAUCUCUACAUCCGCAGAUGGAGGAAUUAUGAUGCACUAUUUAGUAAAAGAUAUUGUUAGAAAGGAUGUUUUGGCUAGGGGCCAUAACAUGGUCAAUACUAAUUAG